UUAUCAGUCAACAGUCUCAAGCUUGUCCAUCGAGAUCAACCGAGAUGCAGUCUUCGAUAACUUUUGUCUUGCUCUUUGCCUUCAUCGGAGCUUCUUUGGCCCAUCCGAUGCCCGAAGAUAUGACCAUGCCGUCCACUCCACCGCCCCAGUAUCCCCUCAAUCUUCAGGGAGGAGGUGGUGGCCAGAGGAGCGAUGGAUUCGGAUUUGGUGUCUCGGGGCGCGAGAAAGUAUGGACCAGCGACAACGGACGCCACGAGAUCGGUGUAAAUGGAGGAUAUGGGCAGCACCUGGGAGGACCUUAUGGAAACUCGGAACCCAGCUGGAAUGUCGGAACCAGCUACACCUAUAGAUUCCCAAAUAGAUUCUAAACGCCAUUUUCAUUUCGGCGAAAAAUAUUACCAAAUAAAAUUAUUCGUAUCUCAAUUGCCAUCAAAAUCUUGCUUUUAAAAACC